GAGACGAUCGAGUAUUAUACCUAUCCAAGAUUUAGGGUUGGGUUCUUCCCUAAGCUGUAUGGUGCCCUCAGAAACCAUCUAAAUUACAUCGUCUUUCAUCCCAAAUUAAUCUUCUUUAUUUGAGGAAAAAUCAAAUACCUUUCACUCUUUUCCUUAAAAUUCACCUGAUUUCCUUUAAGGCCCCAGAUUUCUAUAAUCUGUAGCCGUAUCUCAUGAUCUGAUUCUUCCUAAGACUGAGACAGCUAGCUAAUCACCUGAUUUUUUUUGUAUCCCUAUCAAUUAUUGCUGCAGGGUUUAUUAUACAUCGUCUUGCAAUUCUCACUGGAUUAUUUCUCCAAUGCCAUUGAAACCGAAAACCAGAUAAAAUAGGUUAAUGGGAAAAUGGUUAAGUUGAGAGAUGGCAGUGGUGGUGGUGGCAACUUUGAUGAUGGAAAUGAUAUAAAAACAUUUAGGUUUGCUUUUGAUCUCAAUUUUCAGAUAGAGAAGUACCGUUUUGAUUCGUGUAAGCAGAGGCUAAAGAGUUUGUUUGAUCAAGUUGUUGUUGCUUUUUUGAGAGAUAAGUCUGCUGGCAAAUUUCAUAGGCCUAUUCCUGCAUUCUGUGGUGAUGGGCAGCAAGUCGAUUUGUUUAAGCUCUUUUGGCUUGUGAGGAAAUUCGGUGGAUACGAUGCCGUUUCAAGGAACAACUUGUGGGGUUUCAUCUCGGAAGAAUGUGGACUAGGAUGUGGCGCGAUUGCAUCCCUUAAGUUGGUUUAUAUGAAUUAUUUGAACGAGCUGGAUCGAUGGCUACAACAAGUGUUUAGCAAGAGAGUGUUGGAGGAUGACCAUUGUGGGUUUAUCCAAAAAUUGGAUUUAUUGUCUCGGGAGUUGGAAGUUCGGUUCAAAGGUUUGUUGCCGGAGAAGCAAGAGCAAGAGCAGCUAGAGGAAGUUGCUAUGUUUGUUGGAGAGGCAAAUGACAUGUCUCUUGUCAUGAUUGAUGAUUUUGCUUCAUCAGCGAAUAAUGCAGCAGCGGAGAUCGCGAAUGAACAAAAUGGCAUCUCUAGAGGACAAGAUGAUGAUGAUGGUGGCAUCAUAGGAUCAGCCAAGAAACUCAUUGACAACAUUACCAACAAAGUCCUAAAUCAUAGAGAAACUACUAUUGCUGGCGAUGAAAAUGAUGGUGAAAGUUCUUCGCCCCUUGGAAAGAAUGGUUCUUUUGUAUCUGCCAAAAAAGUUGACGUGGUGAUUUGUAGAAAACCUGAUUUUUCUGAAAAAGUUCCUGAUGAUGAAGAAAGAUUCAUAGCUCAACCGAGUAGCGAUGAUAAGAUUACAUCCAGAAGCGAUGCUGGAAAUGUGCUAUCUUCUCGAAAGAGGAAGCAAGAACCUCGUUCCUUUUCAGGAAUGCUGGAGUGGUUGAUCCAGGCUGCAAAACGUCCAGGUGAUCCUUCACUUGGGUCGAUACCUGAAUGUUCCAAGUGGAGUGACGGGGAUGGAGAAUUCUGGGCUGAAGCCCUGUUCGUUCGAGAAGCAUUGCUGAUAAGAAGGCAUGCUAGUAAAGCUGCAGCUGAAGUCCUCCUGAAGGAUCAGCAGAAAAAGCAAAGGAUGCUUCCCUCGAUGUACGAGGAUGAAGUUAGCAACCACCAAACUACUGAAAAACUAAGAUAUAGCAGGAGGAUACCUGUAAUAAAAUCGCACUCAUGUUCGUGCUGCAAUUCUUCUGCAGCCCCUCAUAGUCCUCGAGAAGCAGAUGUGGUUAGGCCAUCUGAAGUAGCUGCUACAGUAGUUAAGGAGCAGCCUUCAAACACGAAUGGUCACAAGCCCUGCGAUGUGCCAGCUGAGAGGAAAGUCUCUGUUGGUCCUCAGUAUCAAGCACAUGUACCACAAUGGACGGGUAUCGCUUCCGAUAGCGAUUCCAAGUGGCUGGGCACAAGAAUGUGGCCUCCAGAAGAUGGUAGAAACAACUCCAUUGUAAAACUCGAUCCUAUUGGAAAAGGAAGGCAGCAUCAGUGCAAUUGCUCGUUUCCAGAUUCUGUUGAGUGUGUUAGGUUUCAUAUUGCGGAGAAGAGGUUAAAGCUAAAGCAAGAACUUGGCUCACUGUUCUAUCGUUGGCGAUUCAACCUCAUGGGAGAGGAGGUUUCACUUUCUUGGACUGAAGAUGAGGAGGGGAUAUUCAGGGACAAUAUGAAGCUGUAUGCUGCUUUCUCGAACAAGUUCUGGAACAACGCUUGGAGGUUCUUGCCUUCCAAAUCGAGGGACAAAUUGGUUAGCUACUACUUCAACGUCUACCUUGUCCAGCGCAGAAGCUAUCAGAACCGGGUUAAUCGGGAAGAUGUUGAUAGUGAUGAUGACGAAAAAGUUUGUGGGUUGAUUGGUGGGUGCUUUGGACAUAAAGCACUUUAUAUACCUCGGCCUAGUUCCGUUUCGUGUACCCUCAACACAGAGUCGACAGAAUUCGUGUAGUCGAAUCACAAGUGAUUUGAUGGUUGUUGAAGUUAUGGAAGUGGAAGUUCCAACAAAUUUUGAUCAAGUUUUGGUUGGGUUGUAAAUACCUCUGUAGUGAAGCCAAGUUAACCAGUUUUGGUUUCAGUUGCUUCUUGUUAGCAAGGCUCUGUCUCUCUCUGGAUCACAUAAGCUCAUCAAUUUUUAUUUUUUAAGCAGGAGUUUGAUAACUCCAACCUAGCUGGGAAUCAGCAACCAAACUAAACAUAUGUUACCUUUUAUCAUUGGAAGACUUGUGUGAAAAUCCUUGUUCAGAGAC